AUGCCGUGCUCAUUUCGGGUUCAGGGUUCAGCGCGCAGCCCAAGACUGAAUCAAGGCGGCGAAAUUCCGCUCCCGAUUCCUCGUUCGGCCAUCGCCGAGGAGUUUCGUGUCAUCUUGCCCAAGCAGAAUUGGUUUCGUGUCAUCUUGCCCAAGCAGAAUUGGACGAGGAAUGAGGCAGUUCAAGCCUUGGGCAGCCGGUGUGAGAGGCGUACUCAGCAAGGGAUCAUUAAAAAUCACAAGAUGUACGGUAAAAAGCUCCUGAAUUUUCUUGUUCGCCAAACGACUAAAUUGCACCUUUCUUGA